AUGGAUAGUUGUCCCCAAGAUCCUGAACCCAGUCUCUGCACACAAAUCGUGUCCAACCCCGAUAUAUCAGGCAUAGGUGUCCGGGUUGCAAUCUAUGCGCAAACAAUUAUAAGCAUGAGCAUCGCCUCAUUCCUACCAUACCAUGAAGAGGCCUUUCGGGAUACAUCGCGAAGCUCCUAUAUAGUAUCGACAAGCUUGAUGAUCGCUUCUCUAAUCGAACUGAAGACUCACGGGCUCAGUCUAUUUGACGCCCUGAUUGUGACAAUGCUCACGACUAUUAUGACAGCAUUCGUCACGGCAAACAUUGCCUAUAGUCGUACCUUAGGCCUCUCCAUUAAUAUCUCCAGUUUUCUGUUCACUACCUUCUGGGUCUACUGGGGUCUGCAAGUAUGGAACGAUCCUAAAACCUUUGGGAUUCCCGAGGGCGAGGAGAACUGUAAUGCUAGUAUCGACACCGUGUUCGUCGUAUUCGGUCAAAACGUCAGCGUAACAAACAGCGGUCUGCGUGGGUUCGCCAUGUUCAUUUUCGCAAUCGGCUCGAUCUCUGCUCUGGCAGCGCUCUGGCAGUGUAUAAAAUGGACAUUUCUAUACGCUAUUGGCGGAGCCGAGAAAGCCAAGCGAGCCGCUGCUGAGGAAUAUGUUCGGAAGCUUCGCGGUCAAAGGAAUCGCUCGGGUACCUCAGUACAACACAUGUCCUUCUUUGGAGGCGCGGCUGGAAUGAUCUACAUGAUUAUUACAACAGAACAAAUCGUCCGGCGUAACCAGGACGUAUCCACACAAGUCAACGAUUGGAGCUACAGUCAAACUCUUGCAAUGAUCAUGUUAGGCCAGCAGCUCAUGGACUGUUGUACGUACAUUAGGCAAGAGGUAGAAUACAAAAAGAAGGAACGAGCACGAGCGAAUGGCGAUGUCUGA